AUGGGGGCAAAACCCGUUUUUUCGCAUGUUCUGCUACCGAUUCAAAUAAUAUUCCAAUUGAGCAAUGACACUGCUUACUUACAAAUAGAUAGCAGGCCGUACAGCGUCGUUUCGCACAUGGUAAAACCUGCAAAACGCUCACCAUAUCUCAGUUUGUAUAUUUUUCUUUACAACGUUACACUAUUUCUAAUCCAUCUGGUGAUUUUUGUGAAAAUAGUGAAUGCAUGCAUGGCAGGAAAGUUCUAUUAUGUUGAUCAUUUCCCAUUGUUCUGCAUUGGAACAACAGCCCAACUACUUGAUAUUAUUCACGGAUUACUGGGUAUCACUACUACUAGUAUUGUGGCUGGGCUUAUCCAGAGUGCAGGUUGUUUUGAGAGACGCAGUAAGGAAGUGGUGAAAGAGCGCCCAUUCGGAGACGCAGAAGUAUGCGGACGUUUGGCGAUGCUUUUUAUCAUUGAAGGAAAUCCUACCAUUCACGACCAGAUUACCACUCCUAUAUUAUUGUUUGCCUGGGUACUUAUAGAACUUUUUAGAUACCCGUACUAUGCACUCCGAGCAUGGGAUAUUGAAGUAUAUCCCAUGACUUGGCUCCGAUAUUCCGCAUGGAUUCCACUUUACCCUUUGGGGCUAUUGAUGGAAUGGAUCAGCCAAGUCACCUCUAUUCGAUAUUACUAUGAAAGCGGCACAUCGCUCACCAUACCGUAUACGGACGUAAAACUGAAUAUCGGUGUUCUACUUGCUUUGCUAGCCUUUGUAUGUAUGCCAUUCAUUGCCCAAACAUUGUUGGGACAUAUGAUAAGACAAAGAAAGAACAAGCUGGGUGGCGAUAAGACCAAGACUAAUUGAUGUUGUUAUUCUCUGCAUAUUUUGUGUUCAUUGUAAUUGUAUAAUUAGAUGUU